UUGGAUGGGGUGAUGGAGCCCCAACUUGACCGACCGGGUUCCGAAUUGGACGGUGUUGCUCGGACAGGGGCUAACAAGCCCUGGAGAGACCGACCAGAUUUUCCCUAGCACUUAGCAAACUUGGCUAAGUGAAGGGUGUGAGUAGAGACCUGGUCGGAUGGGGUGAUGGAGCCCCAACUUGACCGACCGGGUUCCGAAUUGGACGGUGUUGCUCGGACAGGGGCUAACAAGCCCUGGAGAGACCGACCAGAUUUUCCCUAGCACUUAGCAAACUUGGCUAAGUGAAGGGUGUGAGUAGAGACCUGGUCGGAUGGGGUGAUGGAGCCCCAACUUGACCGACCGGGUGCUGCAUUGACGCUUGUAAAGCCCGAGAGGGUGGCUUUGAGCUAGGCGCCAGUGGCCUGCCACAUGGCGCUUCUCAGCUGGGUAGUGGAGUUGGAUGGAACUUUCUGGAAAUUUUGACGUUUCAUCUUCCAUUGGCCAUGUGGAGGCACCUGAUAGGUUGGUGGAGAGACGCGUCCCGAGGCGCGCCUAUAUAUUUGUACGGAGAGGAGAGAGAAUUCAUUUGUGCAAAAUCUUCUAAAAAAUUCUUCACUUUCUCUCUCUAAAAGCUCUCGCUUCUCUCUAAGUUUCUGCAAUUUCUCCGGUUUCCGUCGUCCGACCAGGUACGCUCUUGCUUUUUUAGUUUAAUUUCGCUUUUUCUUUUCAAUAACCUCGGCCGACUCCCUUGUCAAUACAAUAAUGGGAGAAUCGUCCGAGUCGGUGACACCUCCGACCUCACCUCCCUACAAUCGGUUCGAGGAGGUGAGGGGGAUGGGAAUAACGUUGGUGUCGACCUUAAUAAGUUGCCCCGACCCCUCGGCCGUUCCUGACGCGGUUCUGCUUCCGAGCCCCUCAUCGUCACUAGAGGAAGAGGCCGAGGACGCUGUUCCCUUCCCUUGGGAAGUGUCCCUGGCCUUUUCUUCUAAAGCCAGUUACUUAGAUAAAUACCUUGCUGAUGGUGUAGUGAGGGUGACGAUGUCGGAUAGCGAAGAUGUGUCAACCUCUGGCCGACCGGAGUUUCCUGACCCGGAUCCGAAGGGAGGACCGGGAUCUAAGUUUCCGCUCCCUGCUAUAAUGAAGGCCAUCCUUGAGGACCCGAGGGGGCAGGCUGCAAGGUUUCAGAUAAGGGACCCAUAUAUGCUUGUCCGACCAGAGGCCCAUCAUACCGUUCUCACUCCCCCUCCGGGCUGUACCGCGGUUUAUUAUAAAUCCAUGGAGAUGGGACUCCGGUUUCCAUUGACAUCUUUUGUGAAGGAGCUCCUCAAUGCCUAUAAUCUGUGUAUAAGCCAAAUCUCUCCGAACUCUUGGGGGAGUAUCGUUGCUGUUCAGACAGUAUGUGCCAUGCUGAGCGUCCGACCAACCAUUAGACUUUGGCGUAAUAUGUUCAAGCUGGUCGAGAUGUCGGCUGGAGACAACGGUCCAGGUUGGUGGUAUUUCCAGGCCCGACAGGGGUACAAGGUAGUGCUCGACCUGCCCACGUCUCAAAAGGGCUUUAGGAGGGAGUUUGCCUUCGUGUUUUUUGGAGGGGACUGGGGUAUCCCCACAGUCCGACCGGAUGUCGAGCCCAAUCAUGAACUUAAUUUCAGGGUUCCGGAGAUGUCCGAAGAGGAAGCCAUUGCGGCCAUUUACCUACAAACCGAGGCCCAAAUUGUUCAAGGGGGGGAGGUUUAUGUUGCCAGCAACUGGAUACCGAGCUGCCGCUUGUUCAAGAGCGAGCACUUGCUGUCGGCGGUCGGGCUAAGCCGGACAUUUCCCAGGGGUAAUCGGCCGAGGGGGUUGUUUAACUUGUUUUUUGUUUGCACUUGCAAUUUCUCAUACUUGGUUGUUUUUGCAGCUUGCUCUUUGACACGUCUUUUGGAAUCCGACCCGGAAAUGGCUGAAAAGUUGAACUAUGCGGCGAUGAGGGCGGCCCAGCUCAAAGCUGAGUUGAAGGCCAAGAAGAUCGGAGUUCCCAACCCUCCAAAGGAUCCGUCGAAGCCCAAAGCUUCGAAGAAAAGGAAGGAGCGGGAUCCACAUAAGGUGGCCAAGUCCGAGAAGGCGCUGGCCAAGGCUCAGGAGGAAAAGGCUAAAAAAGCCAAGUCCGUUGAAGUUAAUAGUCCCCGACCGGAGGAGCGGGCAGACAGGUCUGAGGGGACUCGGAUUUCGGUCCACUCUGAGGACUUCCGACCGGUUCGGAGCCCUCAGUAUACACCGGCCACCCCUCGCCAUCAUGAUGACCCCGAGGAGCUCAACCUCGCGCUGGCCAAACCGUUUGCCGAAUUGGAUGCCCACGGGCUCGACACCCGCUGGAUGAAUGCGGUCGAGUGCCUGUACAGUCCCACCGACCGGGAGUACAUUGCACAGUCCAGUGGCCCGGAGGAGACGAACGACCUCUUCCGCAGCUGGGUUGAGGUGAGCCCUUUUUGCUUUUAACUUCGCGAUUUUCUCUUGCCAAGUACUGAACCUUUUUUGUUAUUGCAGUUUUCCGCUCGGCUGGUUAACGUGGCUCGGAAUAAGGUGCACCUGGCCGACAAGGUCUCUGACUUGGAGACACGAGGCAAGAAGCACUACGAGGAGCUCCGCGCUGCUAAGGAGGGCCAAAGGAUAGCUGAGGCCGACCUCGUC